AGAACGCAGGGCAGUGCUGUGCGACCGCCCCGCUGUGCCCGGAUUGCUGAGAAUCAGUGUAUUGGUCCUAUGAUACACGUCCAAGUGCAAGGCACAAGGCAUCGACAGUUUCCAAAGGGAAAGGCAGGAAAAGGCGACGUCACCUGUCUGGAGAUGGCGGGGAACUGCACCAUGAUAUGGAUACUCGACCCUGGCUACAUCCCGGACGCCCUGCUACAUUUCUUCCUCGUCUACUGCUGUUUCAUUUGCAUCGUUGGCAUCACAUGUAAUGUUGUGGCGCUGUGGUGCGUGGUGCGCUGCCCCCGCUCCUUCACUCCAGUCAAGGUGAUCCUGUGUGCCAUCUUCUCCUGCAUGCUGCUCACGUGCCUGUUUGUGGUCUCCUUCAUGGCGUAUCUCACCCUUGCCAUGCUGCGCUGCGACAGGGAGGUUUCAAGGACGGUCCAGAGAGGAGUCUUCGCCAUCAGCAACAUCCUCUUUCAAAUGGAACUCUUUUACACCUCCGUUAUGGCGCUCCUCAGAGCUCGGGCGGUGUGGGCUCCGCGGCAGGGCCCCGUGAGGCUGUCCACAACCGUGGCAGUGGUAGUGGGGAUUGGACUCUAUAACUCAGUCACAGUUGUGGUUGUGCGUGCAUUGAUCUGGACAAAGGUCAUACACAAUCACUCGAGGUAUGCCCUGCUGAUAAUCUUCUAUGCAGUGAACUUCUUUCUGCCCGUGCUGCUUACCCUCGCCUGCUACCUGUCGACCAUCGCGGCGGUGAGACGUAACAGGCGUAACCUGGCCGGCGGUCAGCCCAUGAGGGCAGUGACGAGGGUGAUGGACGAGGCGACGCGGGCCAUGCUGGCGGUGUUCAUCAGCAACCUAAUCAUCGGCCUCCCAUUCACCAUCUACCUCCUGACCAUGAACUUCAAGAACUUCAAAAUCGUCCCCAUGAUCAUGGUCUAUUACACGCAUCUGUUCGUGGACCCGUUGGUUUUUGUGUGUUUCAACAAGCACCACCGGAGGCGCGUCCAGCAGGUCCUCAAGCUCUGCCUCGGCCGCCUUCCUCGAGAAGAAGGCGCAUCAACCCUCGAGUCACAGGCCGUUCAGUCGUCCUCUGCCCUAGGGUUCCCGACGAGGGGCGAGGCAGAGCCUCGAGAGAAUACUUACUGAAGUCUUUGAAGUAGAGGGAAUGGAAGUUGUGGAGGAGAACAGAGCGGAGGAGUGGUGGGGAAGGGAACAUUGGGGGAGAAUGGGAGGGUAGUAUAGGGUACGAGAGGGUAACACGCGGAAAAAGAAGCGAGAAGAGUGGAGGGGAAGGGAACAUUUUGGGAGGAGGGGAGGGGAGUACAGGGUACGAGAGGGUAACACACGGAAAAAGAAGCGAGAGGAGGUUUGGAGGGAGGGGAAGAGACAGGACAAGGAGGAGAUAAGAAGACAGUCCAACAAAUAAUUAAAAAAGAUUUACAGGUGACAAAACAGACGCAGAGGACGUUUUGCUGAACAAGAAUAGGCCAGGGUGUCGGGAAGCAGGUCUGUACAGGAGUCCUUUUUUAAGAUUACGUUGAACUUACGGAUAAGCGUUUGGCUCCACGUGUAAAUGUUUCAAAUAGGUAAGUGUUCGUGUGCUGCCAGGACCGUUUCAUGUAUUCACAGCUGAGGGUAACUAUCCACAUUGUCAUCAUCAUUGGAGUGUUCACACACAGCUGUAGGUGUUGUAAGUUUUAUGUUAUGAUCAGUGCAUUGCAGAGCCACGGCAUUGAAGCAUAACUCUCACGUCCAGUUCUUGUUGUUGUUGUUAAUUUGUAACGUGAUGAUAUAGCAGGGUACGUACAGCUGGACAUCAGCUGUGAUGGACACUAUGUUUUCAGAGGUAUAAGGAACGCUGAUUCAAGCUGACAAUAAAGCUCUUAUUGGCAGUAAUGUGUAAUUUGUAACGUGAUGAUAUAGCAGGUUACGGACAGCUGGAUCUCAGCUGUGAUAUAUCCUGUAUGAUUUCAGAGGGAUGAUGAACGGUUAUUUAUGAUGAUAGGCAAGCUCUUAU